AUGCUCAGAUUGGAACAGAAUGAGGCAAAAUCCAUGGAAAAUGAAGUGAAUAUAAAAGAUCUUAAAAAGAAUCUGCAGACUGAUGGAAAAAAUAUUAAAGAACUACAACAAAAAGUGCUGGAUUUGGAAGUUAGAAGCAGACGCACCAAUAUUAUUAUCAGAGAUAUUGUGAUGGAUAAGUGGCUGAAACCAGGCACAAAAGAGCCGAUGCAUGAUAUGAGCAUGGAAUGUGAUCAGAGUACUUCUCAAGACAUGUCCAAUAUUUUGGUGCAAAACACUAACCAGGCACAGUCCUUAGUUUCUCAAAGAGGGAAAAAGAGAAAGUACUCUGAUGGAUACUUGAAAUAUGGAUUUUCGUAUGUGGGAAAUGAAGACUGUCCUAAGCCCCAAUGCGUGGUGUGUGGGGAAGUGCUGUCAAAUGGUAGCAUGAAACCUUCCCUACUUUUACGACAUUUAGAAACGAAACAUGCUAACUAUAAAAACAAAGAAUACAGUUUUUUCAAACGGUUAGUGGAAAAUAACAAAAGAUUGAAUCUGACAUCAUACAUCCUGUCAGGUAACAAAGACUACGAAAACGCAGUUGAAGCUAGUUACCGUAUUAGUUACCGUAUCGCAAAAUGUGGUAAAAGUCAUACCAUAGCCGAGACUCUAAUAUCUCCCUGUAUAACAGAUGCCGUUCGAUGUAUGCUUGGAGAAGAACAUGUGCGGAAAAUGACCACCAUCCCUCUUUCGAACAAUACAAUAUCUCGAAGAAUUGAAGAUAUGUCUGAUGAUGUUGAAAUGACUUUAAUAGGUAGAAUUAAAAGCAGUAAUAUUUUCGCUAUUCAAGUUAAUGAAAGCACAGAUGUUGCCAAUUGUGCUAUUUUGCUUGUUAUUGCAAGGAAUUUGAAAGAUAAUGAAGUUGAAGAAAACCUUUUGCUUUGUCAUCCUCUGUCACAACGCACAAGGGGUGAGGAUAUAUUGAAUGUUAUUGAUUGUUAUUUCAAAGAAAAGGAGAUUAAUUGGUCUAAUUGUUGUGGAUUAUGUACCGAUGGUGCCAAGUCUAUGUCAGGGAUUUACUCUGGUCUUCGUGGUCUUGUCAUGAAGGUAGCUCCCAAUAUAAGUUGGAGCCACUGUUGCAUCCACAGACAAAGUUUAGCAUGCAAGAACCUCCCUGGUGAAUUAAAACUUGUUUUGGAUGAAGCUGUGAAAGUGGUGAAUUUUAUAAAAUCAAAGUCCACAAACUCAAGAAUUUUCAAAGCUCUGUGUGAAGAGAUGAUGAGUCCUCAUUCUACUCUGCUCCUUCAUACAGAAAAUAGCUCAAUAACGAUCUUCAAUGUCUCAGACAAAAUUGAAUCUAUGAUUAAAAAAAUAGAUUUUUGGAGGUCAUGUCUUGAAAACGGCCAAACUGAGGUAUUUGAAAGUCUGCAUAAUUUCUUAUCUGAAAACAAGCUUAAUCUAUCCCGGGAGAUAAGGAAGAAAAUAAAUGAACACUUGAAUGGGCUAAAAUCGGACUUCCAGAAGUACUUCCCCAAACUUGAAGAAGAAAUCUAUUGGAUUUCAAAUCCUUUUGAAGAACAAUAUGUCCAGGCAGCUAAAUUAUCAGUCAAGGAGAAAGAGAAGUUGAUUGAACUUUCAACUGAUAGUACUUUAAAUGCUGAAUUCAAAGGACACUUUCUUAUUAACUUUUGGGCAAACAUCAGCAGAGAAUACGAACAGCUUUCUGACAAGGCCCUUUUGCUUCUUUUGCCAUUUACAAGUACUGAACUAGCAGAGAGAGCUUUCUCUUCUUAUGUCUUAAUUAAAAACAAAUAUCGUAAUAAGCUGAAUGCAGUUCCAGAUUUAUGA